UGCGCAUGUGCAGUUACCGCAGCUCAAAGGUCUCAGGCGGAAGUAGCCGGCUAUUGAGAUUUGACACCUCGCCGGUGACCGGUCACACACACACCGCAGACAUGGCCAGGCCCCGGGAAACCGACACAUCUGCUAGCGACACAGAGAGCCGGCGGAAGCAGGAGGAGUAUAUCCAAGGAAAAGCUCAUUCCGAAGGAGGCUCUGCGCGGACGUCGCUCCUCAUCCUCGUGUCCAUAUUCCUGUGUGCUGUGUUCGUGAUGUUCCUCGUGUAUAAGAACUUCCCGCAGCUUAGUGAAGAAGAACGAGAGAUGAUCAAACUCCCGCGAGACAUGGACGACGCCAAGGCGCUGGGAAAAGUCCUCUCCAAGUAUAAGGACACUUUCUACGUGGAGGUUUUAGUGGCCUAUUUUGCCACAUACGUCUUCCUGCAGACCUUCGCUAUUCCAGGAUCGAUUUUUCUCAGCAUCCUCUCCGGGUUCCUCUACCCGUUCCCCCUUGCGCUUUUUCUCGUGUGUCUGUGCUCGGGGCUGGGGGCAUCGUUCUGUUACAUGCUUUCGUUUCAUGUCGGACGGCCGAUGGUCUAUAAGUACCUGACAGACAAGGCAGUAAAAUGGUCGCAGCAGGUCGAGCGGCACAGAGAGCAUCUCAUCAAUUAUAUCGUAUUUCUGCGAAUAACCCCAUUUCUUCCAAACUGGUUCAUUAACAUCACGUCUCCCGUCAUCAACGUCCCUCUGAAAACCUUCUUCUGGGGAACGUUUCUUGGUGUGGCCCCUCCAUCUUUCGUAGCCAUUAAAGCAGGGACCACCCUCUACCAGCUGACCACCGCGGGAGAGGCCGUGUCCUGGAAUUCUGUGAUCGUUCUCAUGGUCCUGGCCGUGCUCUCCAUCCUUCCCGCCGUCCUACAGAACAAACUGAAGAAGAAGUUUGAAUGAGUAAUGCGCUCCAGGACUCCAGCCGGGGGGCUCCAGCCGGGGGGCCGGAAUUCUAUACAUUUUCUACAGACUCCGAUUUAUUAAGAUUAAUAUCGAACAUUUAUUUCAUUUACAGCCUCGAUUUACUUUACAGGUCAGACUAUUAACUUUUAAACGGCUUUUCUUUGUA